ACUCACAUUCUCAUCUUUAACAAAUUCGAAUCUUCUUCCACCGAGAUUCCUUCUCCGACCUUCGUAGUUCGAUCGCCAUUUUUCCAUCUUCAAGGUUACGCUUCCUCUUCCCGAUCACUUCCUCCGGAAGAAAGAGGAAAUUUCGAAGUUAUUAGAUUUAUUCUUCCGCUGAUUUUCCCGCCAUUAUUUAUUUGAUCGGAAAAUUAAAUGGAGAGAGUGAAUCUGGGAGGUUUAGGUUACGAUAAUGGCGGAGUUAUGAUGACUAGAGAUCCUAAACCCAGGCUGAGAUGGACCGCCGAUCUUCACGAUCGCUUCGUGGACGCCGUCGCUAAGCUCGGUGGCGCUGACAAAGCAACUCCUAAAUCGGUUCUGAAGCUGAUGGGAUUAAAAGGUUUAACAUUGUACCAUCUCAAGAGCCAUUUACAGAAGUAUAGACUUGGUCAACAACAAGGGAAAAAACAAAAUAGAACAGAACAAAACAAGGAAAAUGCUGGAAGUUCAUAUGUGCAUUUCGAUAAUUGUUCUCAAGGAGGAAUCUCGAAUGAAUCAAGAUUUGAUAGCGGCCAUCAAAGACAAAGCGGGAAUGUACCAUUUGCAGAGGCAAUUAGACAUCAGGUCGAUGCGCAACAACGGUUUCAAGAACAACUCGAGGUGCAGAAAAAACUUCAGAUGAGAAUGGAGGCACAAGGAAAGUAUUUGUUGACAUUACUAGAGAAAGCACAGAAGAGCAUACCUUGUGGUAAUGCAGGGGAAACAGAUAAAGGUCAAUUCUCGGAUUUCAAUCUCGCACUUUCAAGACUUGUAGGAAGUGAUCAUAAGAACGAAAAGGCUGGUUUGGUUGCCAAUAUCUCACACCUUAAUGCUGAUUCUUCUGAAGAUUUUCGGUUAUGUGGAGAACAAGAGAAAAUAGGAACCGGAGAUGCAUGUGUUAAACCGGAAUCCGGAUUUGUGCACUUCGAUUUGAACUCCAAAAGUGGGUAUGAUCUCUUGAAUUGUGGGAAAUAUGGGAUUGAAGUGAAGCCAAAUGUGAUUGAAGAUAGACCUCAAUAGGUCAAAGAGACACUUUCUUU